ACACUAUAUAUAUAUACACAUUCACUGCUCUUCCUUCUCCAAAACUCUCUGCUUUAAAUUUCUCCGCGUCCUGUCUCAGUGUAUAUCUUUCUCUUUUCUGUCUCUACAAUUUUGAAUUCUCUUUCUGGAUUUGCUUGAUCUUGACCUGAAUUCUAUUUAAACUGUUUUGUCAUGGCUACAUAUAGCCCAAAGAACAUCCUCAUUACUGGGGCUGCUGGGUUUAUUGCAUCCCAUGUCUGCAAUCGGCUUAUCCGCAACUAUCCUGAUUACAAAAUUGUUGUCCUUGACAAGCUUGAUUACUGUUCAAACCUGAAAAACCUCCUUCCCUCUAAAUCAUCACCCAACUUUAAGUUUGUCAAGGGGGAUAUUGGCAGCGCUGACCUUGUCAACUUCCUUCUCAUCACUGAAUCCAUUGACACUAUUAUGCACUUUGCUGCCCAAACCCAUGUGGACAACUCCUUUGGUAACAGCUUUGAGUUUACCAAGAAUAAUAUUUAUGGUACCCAUGUUCUUUUAGAAGCCUGCAAGGUCACUGGCCAGAUUAGGAGAUUCAUUCAUGUGAGUACGGACGAAGUCUAUGGGGAGACAGAUGAGGAUGCUGUCGUGGGAAACCAUGAGGCUUCUCAACUCCUUCCAACUAACCCAUACUCUGCAACAAAAGCUGGUGCGGAAAUGCUUGUUAUGGCAUAUGGCAGGUCUUAUGGGUUACCUGUGAUAACAACCCGUGGAAACAAUGUUUAUGGUCCUAAUCAGUUCCCUGAAAAAUUAAUUCCAAAGUUUAUCCUCUUGGCCAUGCAAGGAAAGCCUCUUCCAAUCCACGGGGAUGGUUCUAAUGUGAGGAGUUAUUUAUACUGUGAGGAUGUUGCUGAAGCUUUUGAAGUCAUCCUUCACAAGGGAGAGGUAGGCCAUGUUUAUAAUAUUGGGACAAAGAAGGAAAGAAGAGUGAUAGAUGUGGCAAAAGAUAUCUGCAAGAUUUUCUCAAUGGAUCCUGAGGCAAGCAUCAAGUUUGUAGAGAACAGGCCAUUCAAUGACCAGAGGUACUUCCUUGAUGACCAGAAGCUGAAGAACAUAGGUUGGUCAGAACAUACCACUUGGGAGGAGGGGCUGAAGAAAACUAUGGAAUGGUAUGUUCAGAAUCCUGAUUGGUGGGGUGAUGUAACAGGGGCUUUGCUUCCUCAUCCUAGAAUGUUGAUGAUGCCUGGUGGGAGACACUUUGAUGGGUCCGAAGAGAGCAAAUCUGCAUCUUUUGCUUCUAGUAAUUCUAAUCAGACCAGAAUGGUCAUUCCAGUUUCUAGAAGUAGCAGCACUGGUUCUCCUCGAAAAUCCUCUCUUAAGUUCUUGAUCUAUGGCAGGACCGGAUGGAUUGGUGGUCUACUUGGGAAGUUGUGUGAGAAACAGGGGAUUCCCUUCGAAUAUGGUAGGGGGCGCUUGGAAGAUCGGUCAUCAAUUUUGGCAGACAUCCAGAAUGUUAGGCCAACCCAUGUUUUUAAUGCCGCUGGUGUCACUGGCAGACCUAAUGUUGAUUGGUGUGAAUCCCACAAAACAGAAACCAUUCGCACCAAUGUUUCUGGAACCUUGACAUUAGCUGAUGUUUGCAGAGAGCAUAAUCUCUUGAUGAUGAAUUUUGCUACAGGCUGUAUAUUUGAGUAUGAUGCUGCUCAUCCAGAGGGCUCUGGCAUUGGGUAUACUGAAGAUGACAAACCCAAUUUUACUGGUUCUUUUUACUCAAAGACAAAGGCCAUGGUUGAAGAGUUAUUGAAAGAAUAUGACAAUGUAUGCACGCUAAGAGUUAGAAUGCCAAUAUCAUCAGACCUCAACAAUCCUCGCAAUUUCAUCACCAAGAUUUCUCGAUAUAACAAAGUCGUUAACAUUCCAAACAGCAUGACUGUCCUGGAUGAACUUUUACCUAUUUCAAUUGAGAUGGCCAAGCGGAACCUGAGGGGCAUAUGGAACUUCACAAACCCUGGUGUGGUGAGUCAUAAUGAGAUUUUGGAGAUGUACAAGAGUUACAUUGACCCAGAGUUUAAGUGGGUUAACUUCACUCUAGAGGAGCAAGCCAAGGUGAUUGUCGCCCCACGAAGCAACAAUGAGAUGGAUGCAGCCAAGCUGAAGAAAGAAUUUCCUGAGCUGCUCUCAAUCAAGGAGUCUUUGAUUAAGUAUGUCUUCGAAGCCAACAAGAAGACAUAAAUUGCAGCAGCAGCAGUGAUCCCCAUUUUGCAUGUCUGAAGAGUAUUGCUAUUGUUUCGAUUCUUAUAGUUAUUAUUCAUUAUUAGGUCAUCUCAUUGUUUCUACCACAGUAGAAAGUGAAGUUGAUUUUAUUAGGUAUGCUUAUUUGAUUUCCUCGCUCCCAGUUGUACUGUAGUCUUGCCUAGUUUUCCCUUUUUCACACUGAACUUUCAGUAGGACUUUAAUAUGUUUCACCAUCUGCAAGCUUGCAGGAGGCUGAGUCUUACAAUUUACUAGAUGUGGUUUGCUGUUUAAA